AUAAGAACAGGAAAGAGACUGAGAUCUUGACCCAUUUCGAUUCCCUUUGCCCAAACUCAAUAGUUGGGGACCCUUUCUCUAAAGGGUCUUCUCUCAAUCUCUCGCCUUCUUCGUCUUCCUUCCUAUUCCUGUUCACUGUCUUGAUCAAUGGGUGUUGAGGUUGUGAGCUCUGAGAUGGCACAUGAGACCGUAACUGAAGUGGAGAAAUCCUCUCCGCAUGAGAAGGAGAAUGGGAAACUGGAUCAGAAUGGCGGCCAUAAUGAGGUCAUUAAAUUUGGUUCUCAAGGUGAGGAGCCAGUUCAGGGAAAAGAGAAUAAUGCAUCUGAUGCUAGCUUCCCUAAGCCAAAGGAUGCAGUUGAUGACUGGACUGUGCCUAAGCAAAUCCACUCCUUUUAUUUUGUCAAGUACCGGCCUCAUGAUGAUCCAAAGAUAAAAGCCAAACGUGAUCAGCAAAAUAAUGUGAUUGACAAGUUGAAUGAAGCCAGGUCUAAGCUUAUAGAUGACAUAAAAGCCCAGAAGAAUGAGAAAGCAGAGGUGCUCUCUCAGUUGAAGUCUCUGCGAGCUGAUUUUGAUCAAUACCAGAGUGUUCUGGAAGAGAAAAGGAAGGAAAUGCAACCACUGCAGCAGGCCCUGGGCAAGUUGCGUACAAAUAAUGCCGGUGGACGUGCUGGUUUAUGUUCAUCUGAGGAAGAGCUCAAUGAUCUUAUCUAUAGUUUGAAGUAUCGCAUUCAGCAUGAAAGCAUCCCAUUGUCUGAGGAAAAGCAAAUUCUCAGAGAAAUCAAACAGCUUGAGGGUACAAGGGAGAAAGUUAUUGCCAAUGUUGCAAUGAGAGCUAAGAUUCAGGAUUCAUUGGGUCAGAAAGAAGUCAUUCAAGAUCAAGUUAAGCUUAUGGGUGCUGAUUUGGAUGGAAUGAGAAAGGAGCAACAAGCACUUAAGGCUAAGAGAACUCAACUCAAGGAUAAAGUUGAAGUGUAUGAGAAGAAUAUUGUUGCUUUACAAGGUAAGCUAGACGAUUUGACAGAGAAGAAGAACAAAGCAUAUGAAACCCUCCAGGAUCUAAGGAAGCAACGUGAUAAGGCGAAUAGCCAUCUUUACGAGAACCGUUACCUCCUGAACAAAGCAAGAGAGAUUGCUGCAAGUAAAGAUUUAAGUGCACUUAAGGAGCUCUCUAAUGCUGAGUUGGAGAAGUUUAUGGCUCUGUGGAAUGGUAGCAAGGCCUUUAGGGAUGAUUAUGAGGAAAGAGUUCUGGAAUCCUUGGACAGGCGACAAUUGAGUAGAGAUGGACGGAUAAGGAAUUCUGAUGAGAAACCAUUAGUUGAACCUGUGGUUCCAUUGCCUGUUGAGGUGGAAACAGUGGCAAAACCUAUUGUAAAGCAACCAAAGGAAGAUAAGAAACCUUCUCAACAAGAUGUAAAAUCUGACCAGAAGGUGCAGAAAGAUGCUGGUAAGAAAAUCAAAGAUUCAAAGUCCUCUGUAGAACAUGCUGAGGUUGAAGACUCUGAGAUUUCUGGCUUGGAUAAAUUGGAAAAGGAACCUUCCGUUAACAAGGUUGUAGAUGAAGCAAAAUUGAAGGAAACGAAGAGAGAAGAGGAAAUAGCAAAAGCUAAGCAAGCCAUGGAAAGGAAGAAGAAGUUGGCAGAGAAAGCUGCUGCAAAAGCAGCUGUUAGAGCUCAAAAAGAAGCUGAGAAGAAGCUCAAGGAACGUGAAAAGAAAGCAAAGAAGAAGUCAGCAUCUUCAGGACCUGCUGAAAAUCCAGAGGAGGCAUCUGAACCCGCAGCAGAGGCUUCAGAAGCUGAAAAGGUUGAAGAAAAUACUGAGCCUCCAGUUUCUACUCCAGCCCUUGUGAAAGAAAAAAUUCAAAAGGAGAUUCCUUCUAUUCGGCACAGGAGUCGAGCUAAAGGACCUGAUGCUCUUCCUAGAGCCGUCCUGAAACGGAAGAAGGCUACCAACUACUGGAUAUGGGCUGCUGCUGCUGCUGCUGCUACAUUGGUGGUUCUGUUGCUUCUAGCAUUUGGAUACAAUUAUCUUCUAUGAAGAACUUGAAACUUGGAAGGAUCACUAGUAGUUAUGGGCAGUGUAUUUGGGUUGAUGACGCGGCAUUUAGCUAGGUCCGUAGCAGCAAAAUUCAGUAAAUUUGUUCUUUGCAUCCUAUCAAAGGAUGGACUUAAACCUCAUAAUGUUGUUGCUAGUUAAGUCGGAUCUGAAUAUUUUCAGGGGCCUAAACUCUGUACUUUGGCUUUGUUUAUUUUAAAAAAUUUUGACUUAUAUCUAAUUCCAU